CUUUUAACAUAUGGGCCAUCAUGGGCUGUUCGAUCAGCGUCUGUCAAGGUCCUGCCGGGUUUAAGCGGUGAAAACACAGAAACGUCAAAGGCUGCGGGCGGAAGUGGUGGGCAAAUCAUCUGAUCGAAAAGGGGAUCGACUGCCGCAUGCAACAUGGCUUCGUGGCGGGUUUGGCAGGCCGUCUGGGUGUGUGUGUUGGCUCUGCCGCCGGUAGCCCAGGCUUUCGAUGGGGGAGACGCGGUGGCGCUGCUGCUGGGACUGGCCCUCAGUGCGGUGGGAGUGUGUGCGUGCCUGGGCUGGUACUCGCGGAGGAGAAACCCACAGCUCUGAAGGAGAAGGCAAGAGUCUUCCAAAGGAGCGGCAGCGGGGGCCCCUCCUGGUCACUAGAGCCUUAUCCUUUUUAAAAAAACACACACACACCCACCACCACCACGACGAUCGAGCCCGGGAGAGGCGAAGCCGAGCAUCAGGAUGGACAGACGCGCCUUCGUUUGUACAGACUCUUUGUUCCGGCGCCGUGAGCCCUGGAAGCUGCCACUUUGCCAUUCCGCCUGUCCCUCUGCCUGGCUGGGCCCGUCCGUCACACGUGGAGAGAGAGGGGGGGGGGCG